AUGGCUACAAACUGUGCUAGUUGCCAUUCAUUGGUAAAUCGCUCGAAGCCAGGUAUACCGUGCGAUGGUUUUUGUGAACAGUCUUUUCACAUUUCUUGUGUGGGAAUUCCAUCAGAUGUAUUGAAGAUAAUAAAAACACCUGGUUUAUUCUGGUACUGUCCUACAUGCUCUCAGCAGAAAAAAGAUUUUGAUCGAGUAUUUAUCAAAAUUGAUGAUAAAGUAGAUACACUUAUUGCUGAUGUUUAUAAUAUUUUCUCCGAGGCUAAAGGUCAUCUGAUAAAUAAGGUUGAUGAAACUUUGGAACAGACUGUCUCACAAAGGGUCCCGGGUCCAAGUGCCUCAUAUGCAAAUACCUUGAAAAAGACUGUGAACGUGAUUGUUACGCCAAAAAACAAUGAUCAGUCUCAUUCUGCUACGAGGCUUAGAAUUAGUCAGUCUGUUGACCCUGUAGAUAACAAUAUAAGAUUUUCUCAGGUGAAAAAUAUAAAAAACGGUGGAAUACUGAUCAAAUGUGAUGGUUCGGAUGAUGCCAAUAAACUGAAGGAUUUGGCGUCGCGGCACCUUUCUGCCGAUUAUGAGGUGAAGGAGGUGAGGAAGUUCAACCCGCGCUUAAAAAUUGUUGGAAUGUCUCAGUGUAUCGAAAAAGAGGAGUUGUGUACAAUGCUGAAAUCUCAAAAUAAUGCGUUUCAUGCUGAAAGUGAGUGUAGUGUUUUAAAAGUUUGGCCAACAAAAAAAUCAGCUACUGUUUAUCAAGCUAUUUUAGAUGUAGAUUGUACUACUUAUGCUAAUGUUCUCAAUCAAGGACUAUUUGCAGUUUGCCAGAAUGACGGCGAGCAGGCGGCCCUUGGCUUUAUCGACGACCCUGCUCCAUGCUGCUGUCUUUCGUAA